AUGGCGUGUCGCGAAGUGCGGGCCCUCACGUGCCAGGAAGCGGGGAAGCUCAGAGCCACUCCCGGUGUCUGGUUUGCCGUGGCGCUGGUGCAGGACAGCCCGCUCUGUAACCAGGACCAGCGAUCAGAGCAGGCAGCCCAGGAAGCCGGCAGCGUUUGCAGAAUGCAGGCCGCACAGCGCUGGCGUAACGAAAACUACGAGAGGCCCGUGGACCUGGAAGGGUCAGGGGAUGACGACCCCUUUGCGGAUGAUGAAAGUGACGACCUCUACUCGGGAUCUGGCUCGGGAUAUUUUGAGCAGGAGUCUGGGAUCGAGACGGCGGUGAGGCUCCGCACGGACACGCUCCCCACCACCCCGGCCGUGCUGCCCGUCACAUCCGUGCAGCCCGUGGCAACUCCCUUUGAAAUGCUGCCUGCAGAGGAAACCACCCCUGAGCAGGCGACCAGCGUCCUGUACAUCCCCAGGGUGACAGAGGCACCGGCGAUUCCCAGCUGGAAAGCAACUACCACCAGUGCCACGGCCAGUGACACCCCGCCACCCGCAACAGCAGCUGCUGCCGCCAGCCCCACCGCUCCCACUGCCAAGCCAACAACCGUCCGGAGGAUCCUGCCUCCCUUCGUCACGACGACGGCCACAACGCGGGCCACCACCCUGGAAAUGCCGACCGCAGCUGUGACGGAAGCCAGCACGGUCACGGAGGCUGCCACGUCCCGGCUCGUCACCCCCAGCACUGCCAGGCCCAGAGCCGGCCCGAAGUCGAGCACCUCCAGGACCGUGGUCGUCACAGAGAAAAGCACUGUCUUGCUGCCGCCGGCUGCUACCUUGGCCCCCACGGACGCACCCCAGACUGAGCCGCUGGACGUGACCGUGUCCACGGCCCUCGACAACGAGCUGGAGGUUCCUGUCAGCGGAGGGCCCAGCGGGGACUUCGAAAUCCGUGAGGAGGAAGACACGACUCAGCCGGAGCUCAAUAACGAAGUGAUCGCCGCGGUUACCCCGGCAGCAGGGCCGGGGCUGGGGAAGAAUGCAGAGCCCGGCCUCAUAGACAAUACGAUAGACUCUGGGAACUCGGCUGCCCAGCUCCCCCAGAAAAACAUCCUGGAGAGGAAAGAAGUGCUAAUAGCUGUCAUCGUGGGCGGCGUGGUCGGGGCGCUCUUUGCUGCUUUUCUGGUCAUGCUGCUCAUCUACCGGAUGAAGAAGAAGGACGAAGGGAGCUACACACUGGAGGAGCCAAAGCAGGCGAACGUCACAUACCAAAAGCCCGACAAGCAGGAGGAGUUCUAUGCAUAAAAAGAGCCCAGAGUGCCUCUCUCUGUUUCACUCGAUUUCUGGUUCAACUUCCCUCUGCCCCCACCCUCCCCCAUCCAAUCUCUCUCGCGCGCUCUCUUUCUGAUGGGACUGUGAGUUGAACAAACAAACAAACACUAUAAUAAAAAGGAAAAAAAACGUCUUCAGUUAAAAAAAUAUACAAAUAAAGUGUCACCGAUUUAACACGAAUACCGUAACCUUUCUCCAGCGGACGCAGCGUUUGCAGGGGACAGCAAGUGUGAGGAGCGAACGGGCAGCCAACUUUCAGUGCCUAUGCGAACACUCCUCAGCCGAGAGCAUGCUUGGGUGGUCAUUUUCCUGAUGAUGGCUGGAGUUUCCUGGGUUUAUCAAACAACACGACUGACUCUGAGAUCUGAACACCUGUUACCAGAAUUGGGGUAGGGGUGGGAGUUUGGGG